AUCUUAAGUUAAUCAGUGAUUUUAUUUUCACUAUUCUGAGCCCCACUUCUCUUUCGUUUCCAGCAGAUAUUUCGUCGCCCAACUUGAACGUGCGUCAACGCAAGCAUGGCCGUCUCCCUGCCGUAUUUUACUGGUCUCUUCUUGGCGAUAGUCAAGUAUCUGCCCAAGCAACAGCAAAGCCGUCUUGAUGCGAUUCUGGCAAAGUAUGGCACCGAUACCAGGCUUGUAGUAAAGGCUGCAUGGGUUCUAUUUGCAUUUGGGAUCGUGCGGUCGUUGAACCAAUUUCUCAAUACCUGGGCAAUGAAUCAUUGGCGACUAUCCGCUCAUAAAGGCUGGGACUGGUCGGAAGAGGUCGCUGUCGUCACGGGUGGCGCAAGCGGAAUUGGUGAGAAGACAGUGCUCGGAUUGGUCCGCAAAGGAGUGAAAGUCGCAAUCCUCGAUGUUCAGCCACCGCUACACGAUCUCAACGUUGAGGGUCUGAGAUAUUACGAUUGUGACAUCACAUCUCCAGAGUCUGUCCACCGAGCUGCCAGUGCCUUGCGGAGCGACCUUGGACAUCCGUCUAUCCUCAUCAACAAUGCGGGCAUACAAAUCUCCAAACCCAUCCUGAGUACCGACAUCGACAGUGUUCGCAAAGUUUUCGAAGUCAAUACAAUAUCUCAUUGGAUAACAGUCAACGAAUUUAUUCCGCACAUGAUCAAAUUGAACAAAGGCCACAUUGUCACAAUUGCUAGCCUCGCAUCCUUCGUGGCGUUACCUUCUGGUGCCGAUUAUUCAGCUUCUAAAGCUUCCGCAUUGGCCUUCCAUGAGUCUUUGUCAACUGAGCUCAAAAACAUUCACAAGACUCCCGGUGUCAUUACGAGUGUUGUUCAUCCUAGCUUCGUCCAAACGCCCUUGAUCGAGAACUUGAGUGGUCAGCUGAAAGCAGCUGGAGUGGUGUUGCUCUCGAGCGAGCUGGUUGCCUACAAAAUAUUGGAUCAAAUAUUCAAACGUAAGGGUGGACAAAUCAUUAUUCCCGAGCGUGUAUCAAUCAUUUCUACUUUGAGGGCUUGGCCCAACUGGAUGCAGGAGUUGUUUCGCGAUAGAUUUGGUAGAGCGACCUCACGAUAGUCAGAACGCCGGCUAGUUCGAAACCAAGAAUAAAAGAAACGAACAUCUAAGUUGGAUGACAGCAAGGUGGACUUAUUCACCUCUGCUCUCACCAAAGGUUCCUGUGGACAAAUAUUAUGAUGGGCGUGCAAGGGUAACAAGCCAUUAAACCUGCUCGAGUUCUCAGGCUACUUGCAUUUAGCAGGAGGCCCCCGCCAGAAACGUAGCAAGUCCCUAGGAUACUACUAAAUGCCUUUAAACAGAAAGC